CUGAAGUAUGUGCAAAUGCUGUGUAGCCAAUGGCGUGCGUGUUUUGUGCGGAAAAAAGGCGAAUGCGGGGCAGAAGAAGCGCGCGACGUCCGCGGGGGCAAGAUUGCGAGCCCGCAGGAGUCAACAUCCAGUGUUGGCGGCUCCCCUCCUCGCCAGCAGAGCCGAGUCGGAGGAGAGUACAGUUGCGGCUUGCUUCAAGCUCAGGGACUGCGUCAGGUUCAGUCUUCAGCCAGCGGCCAACCUGAGAGAUCAGUGCACCUGCCUUCGUCUACUGGUGCGGUGCCGGCGAACAACACAACCAACCCACGAAGCCAAACACAAAACAUCGCAAAAAUGACGUUGAAAGGAGCGUUGGUGCUAUUGUUGAUAGCGGGAGCAGCACUUGGCCAGCAGGAGUGCGACCCUGAUAUGGUGGGCUUCGAGAUGGUCACCGGCUACGUGUACUCGUCGCCCAAGGACCUGCUCGACUCGAUUCCCGGCACCCUGAUGCUCACCGAUUGUCUCGAAGCCUGUCAGACCAAUGAACAAUGUAGGUCCGUCAACUACGAGACUGGACUCUGCGUCCUCUUCUCCAGCACCGCCGACCAGCAGCCAGAGGCGCUGAGUUCGUCACAGUUCCCAGUUUUCACGAUUUACGCGCAGAAGAGCUGCUUCAUGGUGAAGCCGUGCGAGCGAGCGUGGUGCUUCGACAGGGUACCUGGCUACACCCUGAAAGGCUACACCAGGGCGACCCAUCAGGCAGCCUCCCGCCAGGAGUGCCUCGAGCUUUGCCUUGGUGAACGAGACUUCCCCUGCAGGUCGGCCAACUACAACAAUGGCACCGGCGAGUGCGCUCUUUCCGACAUGGACCGCAUCACGUUGAGUGGCACCGGAGCCUUCCAGAGGGCCGCAAUCAAGAAGAAGCGCCAGGAGGAGGACGUACCCGAAGAGAUCGAGCUCGACAUGGACUUUGACUACCUUGAGAACAACUGCGUCGACGAGCCGUCCAAGAUGUGUGACUUCCGCAGGGUGGCCGGUCGCAUCCUCAAGACGGUGGACGCCGUUUACCAGGACGUUGACUCGUUGGAGGAAUGCCGUGAGCUGUGUCUGGCGGCGCCGUUCAAGUGCCGAAGCUACGAUUUUGGUGACACCGGUGAGAACGUGUGCCGUCUGUCGCACCACUCGCGCUCCACCCUUGGCGGUUCAGUGGGUGAACCCUACCUGAUGGUUCCUGAGGCCAACACCUACGAGCUGUGGUCAUGCUACAACGUCAGCGUCGAGUGCCGCUCGUCCGGCAUGGUGGCCAAGAUCCAGACAACCAAGCUGUUCAACGGAAAAGUCUACGUCAAGGGCAGUCCGAACUCUUGCGCCAGGGACGUCAGCCGCAGUCUCGAGUUCGAGCUCCGUAUGCCUUACGACGAUGUAGACUGCAACGUCAAGAGGGAGGGACUCGGAAGGUUUGGCAACGCGGUCGUGAUCCAACACCACCCGAACAUCGUGACCAGCUCUGAUCUGGGCCUUGCCGUCAGCUGCCAGUAUGAUCUGAGCAACAUGACCGUGGCCAACGAACUCGACCUCAAGGUGCAGGACCCCGAGCCUGGCGAUGGACCUGGUCUCACGCACGAAGUGGUUGUCGACUCUCCCAGCGUCGCCAUGCGCAUUACUGAGCGAGUCACCUCUGAGGACUUCGACGCGCAGCUGCUGCGAGACCCCGCCAGACCCGAGGCCGACAUGCCCGUCAACGAUGGACUGCCCGAGGCGCGCGUUGGAGACCCACUGGCGCUGCAGUUCGUCAUCAUGGACCCCGAGAGCCCCUACGAAAUUUUUGUGCGCGACCUGGUAGCUAUGGAUGGUGCCGACGGCGCCGAGAUCCAGCUGAUCGACGAACGCGGCUGCCCCACCGACAGCUUCAUCAUGGGCCCGCUCGUCAAAAUGGGCAAGGUUCUGAAGGCCAACUUCGACGCAUUCAAGUUCCCCUCAUCAGAAAUGGUUCAGUUCCGUGCGCUGGUGACACCGUGCAUGCCGCACUGCGAGCCCGUCAUCUGCGACUCUGAGGACGAGGGCACCGUCAAGAGCUACGGACGCAGGCGCCGUCGUCGCAGCAGCAACGAGAUCAGCAACCCCAGCGACCUGCUGCUGGUGCAGUCGAUCCACAUCACGGACACGUUUGCUUUCGAGCGGCAAACCGCCAACAAGACCAUUGACGAGCACGAUGUGGACAAGUCGCAGCUGCUGCUCGGCGGACUGUGCAACAACCUGGCCGGAUUCCUCAUCGCCGGUGCCGUCUUCAUCAUGCUGCAGGUGCUGCUGCUGAUCAGCUGGGUGAUGGUGCGCACCAGACGCGGUGCCAAGUCGAUAGACGCCGUCAGCACCGACAGCCUCGGCAAGCUCUACGACACCGGCUACGCGCGCCGCUUCUAGUUCCCCUACCUAACAACCCCAACACUCUUGCCCUGCUUUUCAAGAAUGUCGUGAUGGUGGUGCUGCUGCUUUCCCCUUGAGUUCACCAUAUUUAAAAUAGAUACAAAAUUUAGGUAUCGACUGUCACCGGUGAAUUCGAACGCAGCAGCAAAUAUCUAAAAAGAAUGUGCCUUUGAUAGUUUGAAGGGCGGCCCGCCCCUCACUUUUAUCUAUUUAUUGCCUGUUAAUUUAUUCAAGGCUUUACUUUCACGUGAGACUUUUUAACCCUUUCUGACCGCUCCGUCGGAGAGCGACAAAACAUGUCAGAGACCGACUCAAUCUCGUAGAAAAGGCAACUAACAAAAGUAGUGUGUGGUGCUCCCACGGCAGCAGCUUCGUAGUUUUGCGACGAGGGAUUACUUUUAAUUAAUCUCGCUUUUUUCCAACUGACACACGGUACACUACUUAUUAAUUUAUGUAGAAACAACGCCGAGAAUUGAUAACUGAAGCCGUAGACGAGUCAUUAGUUUUCUAGAGUGUAUGAGCCUCACGAGUUAUAUUUAUUGAAGCUGCCAAUUUUUUCGAGAGAAUGUUGAAUUAGCACCGAGUGAAUGAGCAAUUCUCACGUCGUUUACGGCUCACUUGUCUCUUUUCCGAGCUCGCGGCGCCCCGACAGGUUGAUCGAUUAACAAACCCUGGUCGGGCGCCUCCGUUUUUGUACUUUAUUAACUAACAUCCGUCGGUGGACGUGCGCCUGACAAUAAUGAUCAAGCUGCACGCGUCCUCCGACGAAUUUGAGAGCUUUUGGCGCCUUGUAUUGCUACCCAGGAUUGCACACAACGCAGAAUGUCAUUUGUUGAUGAAGAAUGUUUCAUCACUUUGUUUCAAAGAUUGAGCUGAAAAUGGAAUUGAAAGGAUUUGUGGUACCAAGGUGAUGCGCCAAAUUUGUUUCCCAAAAACGCUAAUAAACGAUGAGUAAUUUUAAA